AUGGUCAUGGAGGCAUCUCCCUCUCCACAAAGUGUCGGUCGUGAGUUCGUCCGACAGUAUUAUACAUUGCUGAAUCAGGCGCCUGCCCACCUCCACAGGUUUUACAAUCAGCAUUCUUCCUUCGUGCACGGCGGAUUAGAUUCUAAUCGAGAGUGUACCCCGGCGAUCGGUCAAAAACAAAUACAUCAGAAGAUUCAACAACUGAACUUUCGCGAUUGCCAUGCCAAAAUAAGCCAAGUUGAUUCUCAGCUUACUCUUGAAAAUGGAGUUGUUGUCCAGGUAUCCGGAGAACUGUCUAACGCUGGACAACCAAUGCGUCGAUUCACUCAGACUUUCGUAUUGGCUGUGCAAGCACCCAAAACUUACUAUGUGCACAAUGAUAUCUUCCGUUAUCAAGAUUUGAUAUUCCCCGAUGAAGAUGAGGCUGACGUGAGUGCUGGGGAUAGUGGUGAGAGCGGCGAAAGAGAAGUGGAGGAAAUUGGUCGAUCUGAACCUGAGGAAGAUGAACAUCAAACUCAGGCGCAGCAACUGUCGGCUCCUGCUCAAGCUGCUGAGCAGCAAGCUCAACCGCCUCUCAUUCCGACUCAGCAACCUCCGCUGCAGCAACAACAGCCGAUGUAUUACGCUGCGCCACCCCAACCACACGUUCAUCCGGUGAUACAGCAAGUGUUGAACGGAACGGUGCACGAGGAGGUGAUCAAUCAACAAGCGCCACAGCAGCAACAGCAGCAGCAGCAGCAACAACAACAACAACAACAACAACCACAACAACAACAACCGCCGCCACCGCCUCCUGCACAGCAACAUCCAUAUAUAGCCGAACCAGCUGCUCAAUCCCAGUUUGUACAGGAGGCAGAGCUAAGCAAUGGCGAGCAGCCACAACAACAAAGUGAGAAUGAGCCACAGGCCCAGACAGAGGAAAAGAAUGAGCAACCCGAGACAGAAGCAUUUAUUGCAUCCGUACAAGAGACCGAACCCGAACAUCAGGUAUCCAGCGCUACUGUCAACAGCAGCGGACCCAAGACGUAUGCUAAUUUGGUAAAGUCUUUCCCAAGCGGUCCUACUGGUGCUACUAGUCCUCAAGCUCCAAAGUUAUCGAUAUCGCCGCCACCUAUGACGAAUCUACGUUUGGACGAUAGGUCGCCAUUACAUCCUGCAAAUAACGGACCGACGUCUAUGUCUAUAUCCAAUAAUGUAUCAACAGUUCAGCAACAGGCGCAUCGAGUGGGCGGAAAUCAACCACCGCAACAACAGCAGCAUCCUCAGCAGCAACGCGUUCCAAGAGGGGGAUUAGUUCAAAGAGACGGAGAACGUCGUGGCACAAGACCGGGACAGUACAGUGACGCUCAUCAACUUUUCCUGGGCAACUUACCACACAACGCCUCUGAAAAUGAUUUGCGUCAAGUAUUCGAACGUUAUGGUAGAGUUGCUGAAUUACGCGUGCACAGUAAAUCGAAUGACAGAUGUAAACCGCAAGGAAAUAAUACCGCUCGAGUACCUAAUUAUGGAUUUAUCACGUUCGAGGAUCAACAGGUUGUGACUAAGGUGUUAAAUUCCUUGCCCAUUUAUUAUCCUGACGAGAGUGGACAAAAAUUGAAUGUAGAAGAAAAGAAGGUGCGACCCAGGCCCAUGUUGGAUGGUAGUGGUGGCAGAUUGAACUCUGGCGAUGGUGGCAUGCGCUCCAUGGGUGGUCAACAGCAGCAACAGCAACAGCAACGUGGACCAGGCGGACCCGGAGGCGUAAUGAGAGGUGGACAGCACGGUGCACGAGGUGGCCGUGGAGGUUUUUCACGAGGCGGUGACGGCGGUAGGGGUGGCGGCAUGCGACAGCCAGGCAAUCCGAGUAAUCCCGGCUACCAAAAUCGUCGCUAAUACCGGCCAUACUACGCAACAGCCUCCUUCUAAUUUCGUCUAUACUGAAUAAAGUCACCGGUACCAUCACACAUCUGCCAUCUUCAUUUCAAGAAGCGGAAUCCAGGACUAUUUCGUAUGUCGCACGACCUCAUCACUGACGCCAAUCUCAUGCUUAAACGUCGCUUGCAACGACGUUCGUCAAGCAACAGCAACAACCGACAUUAGCUGACGUAGCUCAAAAAAGAAUCGUACGAAAUAUGAGCUCGAACAUGGAUGGCGUGCCAAUUGAAAUCUCGACCGAGGAUCACUUCUCACGCGAGACUUUGAGUUUAAUGGUGUGUGUAUCUGAAAUCAUCGGUCAGGCGAUGAUCAUUGGUUCGAAUUCGUCCUUCGUACAUCGACAAUCGGGCAAUCCCGUAGGACUUUGCGACGCGAAGUACUCUCAAUCAUAGACACAUACAUACACAUACACGUGCAACCGUACGACAAGAAGAGCAUACAGGAGAACGUUGUCGGAGUGUGGCAAAUUUUAGUGCAAACGGAAAAGCAACGGAACGUGAUCUGAAAUCGGGGAAAUUGUGUCGAAACUCUUUGUGAGACGGUUUCUGAGUAGUGUGCAACAUUCGUCACUCCGCGCGUUUCCUCCGGCUUGCCAAAUCGCAGGACGAAAAGGCAGCGGAGCGAAUUCCGGUGCACGCACAUACCACGUAACUAAGCGAGGGACGACCAAGCGAGAGCGAAGCGAAUGAAGGAGUGUCGUUGUGACAUGCAUAAAUCUCAUACGCUUUUGAGUCGACUCAUCAACCGCUAAUGAAAACAUCCCGUUGCCCCAAGUGAAGAAUCAGCGUAGAUAAAAAUCGCACGGAACAAAUCCCGACGAAACGAUUACAGGAUCCCAAGACUGUCUCGGUUGCACGCAGCAGAAAAAAAAAAUAAAAGAAAAGGCGACAGUUUCUUUUUUUCUACGAUCUUCUCCUUUAUUUAUAUUACCGAUCAUCGAUUGAUCGGUAUCGAUCGUAGACAGGACAAUGCUUUUAACUGCAGUAACUGGUUUCGUCGUUUUCCCUUGCUCCAUCCGCAUACAAGUAAACAAUCCUGGCCGCGUCUCGUUGCAGUUCGGAAUUUUUUGUUCCUAUCCUAUUUCUGGUCUUACCUUCCUUUCCUAUCCCUUUUCUUCUAGAAACACACUUUUCUGCGCUACUCUGUCUUCUCUCCUAGACUCUUUUUAUUCUAGCAUCUACCUCCCUUUCCCUUCACGUACAUACUUAUUCUUACUUUCGUUUAGGUAAAAUUAAUAAGGAUCGCGCACGCGCAUGGUCUGACGUUGUAUCGCCCAAUCGCUAAAUUAUCAGUUGCAUGGCAGCGUUUUCACGAGAGUCAAUGUCUUCUGGUAAUCACAGAAUUCAUACUACGUCAAGCAUUAAAUGUGAGCAUUAAAACCAUGCACACAGUGCGGAAAUAUGUCCAUCGUAGCGACAGAAUAUUUUCGUGCUAUGUGAGCAAUAACUUUUUCGGAAUAUAACGCAUCAAUUUCUCUCGGGACAAUAUUAUCCGUUCACAUUUUUUUGACGAAAUACAUUCAUAUGUCGUAGACUACUUAGAGUAUGAAGUGAAACAAGAGUUCUAGUCAGCAACGCUCACAAGCAAUGCACGAGAAGGAUCCUGUGAUUAUUAGAGAUUGAGCGAUGCAUCUCUCCUGGCCUAUCAGCCUUCAUUCCUUUACGAUACUAACGGAAUUUUGAAAGCGAAUGGUCUGAAAUCCGCGCGAUACUGUAGUAGAAAGUAACGUCAAGCAAAUUUUUAAUUUUUAAUUUUCCUUUUUUUGUUUUGAUGAAGAAAGGACAUUAAAAAUUUGCAUUUGAC